AAUAUAAGCUUGAAGAGGGCGAAGAAAGAAAACGCACUGCUCAGUCAGUGUCCAGUAGAUCGGUGCUUAAUCAGAGGUCGACGACAAAACACAGACUUCACUCCAACAGAUAACCAAUUAUUUCACUCUUUUUCUGCCAAAAAUUUAAGAAGCAAGUAGAAAUGCCAAUGGGAGAGGACAAUCAAGAGUUUGAAAAUGAAUUACAAGAGCUGAACAUUGGCUUAAUGAAAAUGGAGCUUCCGACAAGAGACUGUUGCAUCUACAGGGUACCCAAGACGCUGAGAGACAUAAAACCAGAAGCCUAUACCCCUCGAUUAAUUUCAAUCGGCCCUCUUCACCACAGAACCACCAUUAAGACACCAUCUGGGGAAGAAACUGUUGGGCCACCACCGGUUCAGGUGAAGGAGGAGUCGGUUUCAGCCGGAGAACUGAUGAUGGAAACGGUUAAACUGGAGUAUCUAAAAUCAUUUUGUAAAAGGACUCGUAGAAAUUUACAAGUAUUAAGAGACAUCGUUGAACAACAAAAAGAAAGAAUUCGCCGAUGUUACGAAGAGUCCAAACCGAAAGAUGAUGUUGAGUUUGUGAACAUUAUUUUAAAAGAUUCAGUGUUCAUCAUUGAGCUUUUCUUGAAGACAUCAGAAGCAGAAAAGCACCAAAAUGAUUUUAUAUUUGGUAAACCGUGGCGGAGAGCAGCCGUAAUGGAGGAUUUAAUGUUGCUUGAAAAUCAGCUGCCAUAUUUCAUCAUGGACGAUCUCUACGGACAUGCCAUCGCAAAUGUUUCUGAUACAUGGCCUUCGUUUCUGGACCUUACACACGCGUAUUUCAAACAUUUUAUUGAAGGUCCGACAAAUGCAAAUUACGAGACUCUCUCAUGCGACUGCUGCAACUGGUUGUAUUGUUUUUGUCUGAAUAAAAGCUGGCGCAAGUGUCAGAAUUCCGAGAAUCAGCAGAAUCGAGAAGAAGCCCAGAUGCCUUUCAUUCCUCUGCAUUUCACAGAUUUGAUUCGAUGGCAUCUGUCUCCCAAACAUGAUCCACAUCCUCAUUCCAAGAAAAUUGGAGAAGAAAAUCAAGAGCCCUCUCCCCAGCAUUGCAUACGUAUAGUUUCUUGUUGUUGCCAUGCAGGAGAGUCAAAGAAGGGAGCAAAAUAUUUAUUCUCUGCAACGAAACUGCAUGAGGCCGGAGUGACAUUCAAGGCAUGUGAAACUGAGUGGCCGCUUGGGAUAACCUUUGAAGAUGGAGUGUUAAGCAUGCCAAUCUUGGAAAUCGACGACUCAACAGAACGCCAAUUUCGCAACCUUAUGGCUUUCGAGCAGUGUCACUAUCCAGACAAAGAUUACAUUUGUAACUACAUUAAAUUCAUCGAUUGUCUUAUCGACACUGAAGGGGAUGUGGAGUUGCUCAUUGACAGGGGUAUUAUCGUUCACUUGCUAGGGGAUACUAAAUCGGUGGCAACGCUAUUUAAUAAUCUGAAUGGCGAAAUCGUUGAAGGUGAUUUUUUGUACGAAACAAUCUGGAAACAGCUGAAUGAUCAUUACGGGAAUUCCUGGUACCGUACUGCGGCAAUCUUGAGACGUGUAUACUUCAGCAAUCUUUGGAAAGGCAGUGGAACAGUUGUCGCCAUGAUACUCCUCGUCUUAACUUUUAUCCAAUCCAUAAAUUCCCUCAUGCAGAUCUUCAAGCUACGUUAAUUAAGCUUCUAUGUUCUGAAUUUAUUUCCAGUGUUUUUUACUGUAUUUUAAUCAUAUAUUUUCUUCCUUUGGUUUAAACUUGCCUUCUGAAUUCAAGUCCUUGAAAUAUUUCUCUUCAGUAGACCUAUACAUAUAUAUAUCUCCCAGAAAGUAAAAAAUGCGUAGAAGCUAAUAUUAUUUUUUAAAAUUAUUUGAUCUUCUACGUGUUGUAAAAAUUGGACUGAUCAAAAUAAGUUAAGACAUUUUAUCAAGAGAUCUUCUUUAGCAAGAACAAUUAUCUCAGAAAAGAAUGGUCACCCUGAUGCAGAUACAGCCUCU